AUGCACCCUCAGCAGUUGGUUGUCUCCUGGUUUUCCCUGGUUUUGCUGGCAUCUCCCAUCAUGGCUAUAUGGGAACUGGAGAAAAAUGUUUAUGUUGUAGAAUUAGAUUGGUAUCCUGAUGCCCCUGGAGAAAUGGUGGUCCUCACCUGCGAUACCCCUGAAGAAGAUGGCAUCACCUGGACCUCAGACCAGAGCAAUGCAGUCUUGGGUUCUGGCAAAACCUUGACCAUCCAAGUCAAAGAGUUUGGAGAUGCUGGGCAGUACACCUGUCACAAAGGAGGCGAGGUUCUGAGCCAUUCGCUCCUCCUGCUUCACAAAAAGGAAGAUGGAAUUUGGUCCACUGAUAUCUUAAAGGACCAGAAAGAGCCCAAAAAUAAGAGCUUUCUAAAAUGUGAGGCAAAGAAUUAUUCCGGACAUUUCACCUGCUGGUGGCUGACAGCAAUCAGUACUGAUUUGAAAUUCAGUGUCCAAAGCAGCACAGGCUCCUCUGACCCCCGAGGGGUGACGUGUGGAGCAGCGAUGCUCUCAGCAGAGAGGGUCAGAGUGGACCACAGGGAGUAUAAGAAGUACACAGUGGAGUGUCAGGAGGGCAGCGCCUGCCCAGCCGCCGAGGAGAGCCUGCCCAUUGAGGUCGUGGUGGAAGCCAUUCAUAAGCUCAAGUAUGAAAACUACACCAGCAGCUUCUUCAUCAGGGACAUCAUCAAACCAGACCCACCCAGGAACCUGCAGCUGAAGCCAUUAAAGAAUUCCCGGCAUAUGGAGGUCAGCUGGGAGUACCCCGACACCUGGAGCACCCCCCAUUCCUACUUCUCCCUGACAUUUUGUGUUCAGGUCCAGGGCAAGAACAAGAGAGAAAGGAAAGAUAAACACUUCAUGGACAAAACCUCAGCCAAGGUCACGUGCCACAAAGAUGCCAACGUCCGCGUGCAAGCCCGGGACCGCUACUACAGCUCAUCCUGGAGCGAAUGGGCAUCUGUAUCCUGCAGUUAGGUUCUAAUCUCAGGAUGGAACUUUGGAAGAAAAGUGGAAGACAUUAUGCUAAAUUUUUAAAAGAUGAAAUGGAACAGGACCCUCCCCCUAAAGAUAUUUUUCUACCAAUUUGCUUUUUUUUUUAGGAUCAUAAAGAUGUCUUUGCUGUAUUUUUAUAUUUAAAUGCUAAAUGCCCACUGAAACAAUCAGCUAAUUUAUUUAUACAGUUUCCAGCUAGCAGGUCACAGCUGACUUUUAUGUUAUUUACAUAUUUAUGUAAUUUAUGUAUUUAUUAAUUUAUUACUGUUAUUUAACAUUUGUGUGCCAAGAUAUAUGUUUCAUAUACUCAUAACCUGAUUUAUAAGGAAUGGGCCCUAUUAUGCAAAAUGUAAAUUUAUGUGUUAUUUAUACUGACAACUUUUCAAUCGAGGCUGCAAGUGCAUCAGUUUUAUGGCAACCAGUAAGAACACACUGUUCUGAUGCCGGCGCCACAAUAUAUUUGUGAUGCAUUAGAACACAAGAGAUAGUUAAAUAGACAUGGAGACACAAACUCUUUGAGGAGGUUCUGGAGAGCAGAUAUUAGUUCCCAUGAAGACUUCCUUGAAGUAGUGGUGAUAAUUCAGAGCUGUUUGCACCUCUAAGCAACUUUAGUCUUUGGAUGCCUGAAAUUAGAAAGAGCUAAAAAUUAUGACUGGAAUUGAAAUUCAGCUUCACCUUUCCUGGCAGCCUCUGCCCCCUUCUAUCUGUAAGAUGAAGGAGAAUGACACGGAGAUAUCGUAAGUGUCUGGAAAGUAAAAAGAUCUUAUGAUUCAAGAGAGACGACAAGUGUAGUUAUGGCUAAGGACAAAACUGUCAGAAUUGCCAGUUGUUCCUUAAUAAGCACACAAAGAAGCAGACAAAUGCGGAGAAAACAGCCAUGAAUCUCUUACUUGUCAGCAAGAGGGAACAUGACAAGCAGAUAUGACUAGAAAGUGCCAAGCCAUUAAAAUGCUACUUUUAAGUAAUAAAUGUGCUUUAUGUAAAAUGAUUCCAUUUAUUUUCUGUUUACUUAUUUAUUUUUAUAUUCUGAUUGUGAACUAAUAAAAAUAUAACUCUUCUUUGCAAUUUGGGCUUUUUCAGUUGACUGGGUAUCCUGUUCCCACGCUUACCAGGGCUGUGUUAUUUUUCCCCUUACCAUUGAAGGAUUGCCCCACCGUGAAGCAAUUUCAUUUCUGGUUUUGCACAAUGGGCCCUUUCCCUUUAUAGGAAAGUCAAUGUCUUGCCAAGCUCAGGAAAUGUCCCUGUGAUCUGACCACGGGGGACUCUGCAAGGGCACUAAACUGAAUUAUGCCCCUUCAGGGGCUGGAUACUCUUGCUCUGUCACCUUCUAACCUGGAAUCAACUCUACUGGUUUCCAAAGUAUCAUGAAACAAAUUUCCCACCUGGUAGAGCUGUGGGCAGCCCAUCCCAUAGGUCCAGCUCCAGUGUUUAUGGAGGGUUUGCCAUCUGUCUGGCCAACUGCUAGGCCCUGGGGUUGAGGAGUUCCAAAACACCUUGGGUUUGCCACCCCAAAACUGCCCACUCCUGGCAAAGUCUAUAAGACUGGGAUGAAAAGUUAACUUCAAUACAACUAAAUGUGAAAAUAUUGUGUACAUGGUGUAUAUGGUGCCCUGGGGUAAGAAUGAAGAAGGAUCAGUAUAACCUGGAGUCACCCAGGAAGACUCGAUAGAGAAGGGGAGGUGCCCACUUUGGGCUCAAAGGAUGGCCAGGGCAUCCCAGUUCCUCGGAGGCCAUGGAAAGAACAAGUGGUGGGAUCAGAGAGAAUGGUGUCCAUUCUCUGCUAUCUUCAAAAGCCAAGUGCACACAUCUGGCUUCCUUGCAAUGGCAAGAUAAUUAUAAUAGGGAUGUUUAUUUACAUUCCUUAUUUUAAGUGUCACCUGGACCCCUUAUUGCACUCUACUCCUGGCCUGGAGGAAUACUGUAAAAUUUAUAUCAUUCUAAUCCAACAUUUGAAACGUAUCAUCUUGUGUUAAUAAACCCGCACUUGAUAGCACAUGGUUGGUUAAUAACAACUAUGCAUUCUUCUAAAGGCCUUUCAUCUAGAGAUACCAAAACGCUUACUGGGCACUUAAUAAACAACACUAACCAAGAAAAACAUAAUCACAUUUCAUAAGCGCAGAGACCUGGCGACAUUUCCCCAAACUUCCGGCAAGCCUGGGGCACCGCCCAGGUGUCCUGGCUCCACCAAUGCCCAGUGCUUUCCUAACACAGCCUCUUAGCAGUUGAUUAAUUUCAGUUACAUGUAAG